GGCAGAUUUAGACAGAAGAAGCCGGCUAAACAUAGGAAGCGCAACAACAAAGAGGAACCUACGACAAGUCAUUAAUUUGGGUAAAAUUACAAAGACGUGUAAUCACGGUGAGAUGAAAAAAGGCAACGGAUAGUGACAGACCUAUAACUCAUUUGACCAGCAUUAAGAUGAUUUCCCUCAUGUUGGUCUUUCUUCUGCGAGGGUCAUGGGAGACUGAAGCUAUGUCCAUAACAGGAGUUUUGGGGAGUCACGUCACAAUAAAGUGCUCUCACUCCAACGCAUUUGACAAUGUCAAAUAUUUCUGCAACGGAGCGUGUAAAAAUGAAGACGUCCUAAUAAGUAGCAGAACAAAUAACGAUUUAAACAAAAAAUACAGUAUUGAAGAUGAAGGAAACACAUUCUACGUGACCAUCUCUCAUCUUAAACAAGAUGACUCAGGAAUCUACUGGUGUGGAAUAGAGAGAAUUGGCUUGGACACAUACAGUCAAGUUUUCCUCACAGUCAUAAACGAAAACCCAAAUGACCCUCAAUCAAAUGCUCCAUCCUCUAAGAAGCCUUUGUACAUUGGAGCAGGUCUCGGUGUGGUGCUGCUGGCUCUCGCAAUGGUCCUUCUAACAUUCCUCAGACAUCGCAACAGAGACAUCAGCUCAAAUUAUGGAAAGGACCAAGACACAAUAUGUGCAACACCAUCCAGUCAGAAACUAAAUGUAAACCAUGAAACUACUUCCUCUUCAACAGCCAAUGAGGAUCAAGCAACAGACAGCAAGGCUAACAGCAUCUUCUACUUGUCGACUGUUCAGCACCGAGAUACCAGCAGAGAUCACUCAGAUAAUAUUUAUUCCAAUGUCAUUGUUUCAUCAGAGUCUCAGAUCCAACCAGAAGGUCUCUCUUACGCCACUGUUUGCUUCAAAAAACACACCGACUCCAGCACUGUCACACCUGUGGUUACAUGCUCCACUAUUCAACACAGAGCAACGGAUGAAUCAACAGUCUAUUGCAACGUAUGACCUCAGUGCUGACCACCUUCACUGUAAUGUGCAGUAUCUUCCUUUGCUGCAUUGUUAGAUUAGAUUGUGAAUUGAUAAUUUAAAUAAUUCUGUUCAAUUUGAUGUAUUUUUGUAACAUUUAGAUAUAAUAAGAAAUAUUUAGAUAAGUCCUCUCAAACUAAUGUAUGAAUAAUAAUCAUAUUCAGUAGAUUAUACAUUUUAACCUGAUGAAACAAAGUCAAUAUA